GAGGGCGAGGAGGGUGGGUCUCCGUGCAAGAUGGCGGCCGCUGCGGCCGGUGUGGGCCGACUGGAGGAAGAGGCGCUGCGGCGGAAAGAACGGCUGAAGGCCCUGCGGGAGAAAACCGGGCGCAAGGAGAAGGAAGAGGGUGAGCCAAAGACCAAGGAGCUGAGAGAAGGAGAAGAGGGAGGAGAGAAACACCGGGAGCUUCGGCUACGCAACUAUGUCCCUGAGGAUGAAGACCUGAAGAGGAGGAGGGUGCCCCAGGCCAAGCCCGUGGCAGUGGAAGAGAAGGUGAAGGAGCAGCUGGAGGCUGCCAAGCCCGAGCCUGUCAUUGAGGAAGUGGACCUGGCGAACCUUGCACCACGCAAGCCUGAUUGGGACCUCAAAAGAGAUGUGGCCAAGAAGCUGGAAAAGUUGGAGAAGCGGACCCAGAGAGCCAUAGCUGAGCUGAUUCGAGAAAGGCUAAAAGGCCAGGAGGACAACCUGGCCACUGCAGUGGCCGCCCCCACCGAGCAGGAGACCUGUGACUCCGACUGAGCCCCCUGCCCAUGUGGAACUGUGGGCAGGGAUGUGGACACCUCACCAGCCUGCCUCACCUUCUUGCCUCCACCGGGACCACCACCUGUCCCUCUGAAGGCCCACAGGAGGCAGCUUCUUGUCUCACAAGUACCCCCCAACACUGAGAUUCGGUGCUGUCUGGGCUGCUUGCUCUGUACAUAUGUAUGUUUUUAUGUUUGCAAUAUUAAAAAAAAUCUUUUUUAAACUUGU